UCGUUGGUUCUGUCUCUUCCGGUCAUCUAUCGUUCUCUUUCUAAAAAAACCUGCGCGGAAUUGGAUGCAUAACCAGUAUAAAAUGGUGGGGAUAAAAAUGCUUGCUUGGAUAAGCAAAAACCGUGCAUUUUAGACACUACAUUUACAUACUGAAUUUCUAUCUGAUCUAUGGUGACAUAAAACCAUUUACAUACAGUGAUUGGUCUAAUUCAAUAUAUACAGCACCUUGUCGCUGUGUUUAGACACUUUUAACAGAGUCGGUAUUCCAGAACCACAGACUAAAAGUUACGAUGCCCGAGACAUCUGUAUAGAUUAUAAGCCUGUGCUUUCACGCUAUCAGUUAUGUUUGUGUAAUGCAUAACGUAUGUGAUAUGAAGUAAACAAGAACGUGGCGAUUGACAUUUAAUUUCUUCAGCUCGUACCGAAAUAUCUGUUAAAAAAAUAUAAUUAAAGAUUCUGUAAGAUUCGCAGUCGAUACUUCAACAAAUUGCCAGUAGUCUCAUUCCAAUUCAUUUAGAGUAACUUCUACAAUGACUUUGUAAGACCUUACCUGAGGUUAUGCAAAACUGUCACAACAUUUGUAUUUCUGAUAUUACCAACGAUUCACACUUGAAGUAUCUGAUCGAAGUACAUAAUGGACCGACUUAGUGACUUCAUAUUAGUGCCGAAACUCAAUAAUGUUGUACUAGUAGAUAAGACUGAUGGAAGUAAUAAAUCUAUGGAUGGACAAUUAUCUGUUUGUAUUCAUCAUCUAAUUUGGUCGCCGUUACAAGAUCCGCGACAAGAGUUUUGGCUGUUGUAUCGAAACAUUGAUCUUGUAGAGAGAAAAUUAAAUACUCAAAGCCCAGGUGGAAGUAUUAUAUUAAAAUGCAAAGAUUUCCGGAUCCUGCAGCUGGAUAUUAAUUCGGCAGAUGAUUUAAUGAACGUUGCUUUGUCUAUAGAAAAAUUAACCACUCAAGAACAAACUUUGCAAUAUCCUUUCGUUUAUAGACUAAAAACUACCAGCAAUAUUAAUGUACAAAUAGAGGAUGAAUGGACUGCAUUUGCCCCCGUUUCGGAGUGGUCCAAAUUAUUAACUGCUCAUGCAGACGAAUGGCGUAUUAGUUAUUUAAAUAAAGAAUACAAAGUUUGCAAUUCUUAUCCUUCCGCAGUUAUAGUACCACGUCAUGUAGAAGACAAAAUUAUAAUAGCUUCUGCUAAUUUUAGAGAGGGUGGAAGAUUUCCUGUUCUGUGUUACAGGCACGAUGGCGGGAGUGUUUUAUUAAGAAGUAGCCAACCAAUGUGUGGUAUUACUAGCAAAAGAUGCAAAGAAGAUGAGAGACUUUUAAAUGCAGUAUUAGGUCCAGGAAGACGUGGUUAUAUAGUAGAUACAAGGUCUAUUAGUCAAGCUCAAAGUUCUAGAGCCAAAGGAGGUGGUACAGAAAUUGAUGCUGCUUAUCCUCAAUGGCAAAAAGUGCACAAAGCAGUACCACGUCCACAUGAUUUAGCAGAUAGUUUUUAUAAAUUGAUAGAAGCUUGUAACGAUGUGACAUGUUCUACAUCCCAGUGGCUCUCAAGACUUGAUAAUAGUGGAUGGUUGUCUGCUGUACAAAGUGCUUUAAAUGCUGCUUGUGUAACUGCUCAAUGUCUUCAUCAAGCAAUAGCAGCUGUAUUAGUUCAUGGAACUGCUGGUAGAGAUUCUACUUUAGUGGUAACUAGUUUAGCUCAAACAAUAUUGAAUCCUGACUGCAGAACAGUGCGCGGUCUUCAGGCUUUAAUUGAACGUGAAUGGAUACAAGCAGGCCAUCAAUUUUUCAACCGUACACGCCAUGGACCGUACCACCUAGCAAAUUCCUCAAAUUCAACCCAUGCACCAGUGUUCCUUCUUUUUUUAGAUUGUCUUUACCAGCUACAUUAUCAGUUCCAAUACAGCUUCGAAUUUACAGUAGAAUUAUUAAGUGAACUAUAUAACAAUGCAUAUAGUUCUGACUAUGGAACGUUCUUAGGUAAUUCAGAAGCAGAAAGAGUGAGCCUCCGAUUAUCAGAACAUACUUAUAGUUUAUGGUCAUAUAUCAAUCAACCAGAAGUACUAGAAAAAUGGCUAAAUCCUUUGUAUGAGCCAAAUCCUGGUGUUAUUUGGCCUAGUGUUGCGCCAGUUAGUAUUCAAUUAUGGAAAGAACUUUAUCUUUCUUGCACAUAUAUUGCACCAUGGAAAGGUUUACUGUCUUGCAUAAAGCAAAUAAAACAGAAUCAUGUGGCAGUACGAAAAGUCGCUGGUCAAUUGCGGGUUCAAAUCAAUCAAGCAAUAGAAGAAAUACGUUUAGGAACCGAUGCAACUUGUGAAGUAGAAACUCAAGAUGAACAUGCUUGUAUAGAACAAUUAACUCUAGACUCUCAAAAUACCUGAUACUUAGAUCGUAUAUAUUAAAGAAAGGUACAUUUGUGUUAUAAACUGCAUCAGCUUGCCUUUAUUACAAUACAAAAUUAGUGUACCGAAACUGAUAUUUUCACACAGUUUGUUACAAAUUUAAACGAUUUCAUUUGCAUUUUACAUUUUUCACAAUCCUUUAAACAUUUUUAUGAUAAUACUAUGUAAAUACAUACAUAUAUAUAUAUAAAUGUAAAUACAUAUCUAUAUAUACCAUGCACCAUUACAUAUACCAUUGUCAUUUAUACUUGUAUCAUGUAAAGAAAGACAUAUACUUGUUCUGUCCUAGCUAUUGUAAGUAGCUAAUGUAUUGAUACACAUCUUACAUUUGCGACAUCACUUAUAUGUACAGCAAUUUUUUGCAACAAAAGAUUAAAAGAAAAGAACAAAUAAAAGAUCCAAUUGCUUUAAUGUAUACAGAAA